AAAAUGUCAACUUCAAUAAUAUUUAUUUAUUAAUUAUGGGUGAUAAGAGGGAUUUAUCAGAAAUUCCAAGUGUUAAUAAUGAUUACGAUCCUUACACGGAAAGAGAUGUUGAUAGCCCAACUAACGAUUUAGAAUCUUUCGCUCACAUAACGAAAGGGAUUUUAGGUACGGGGGUUUUGGCUUUACCAGAAGGUUUUGGUUUCGCCGGGGGAUUAAUGGCAGUCAUUUAUUGUUUGUUAAACGCUUUCUUAUGCACGAUUGGGAUGCACAUUUUAGUGAAAGAUCUUUAUAUGGUGUGUAAAGCUUAUCAUUUACCCGUUGUUACGUACGCGGAUGGUGUUAAACUUGGGGCUAAUUUAGGACCAAAACCUUUUCCGAAAUUAAACGGAUUCUUAUCAAUGUUAACGAAUGUGUUAAUAAUUAUAAAUCAAGGUGGGAUUUUAUGUGUGUAUAUGCUUUUUGUUGGAGUUACCAUUGAAAUGGUUACAAAUACUAUUCUCGGAAAAGAAAUUUCGUUGGGUUUUUAUUUGUUAGCGUUGAUAAUUCCUUUUAUGCUUAUUAAUUCGAUUAAAAAUUUGAAGUAUUUGGCCCCAGUUUCAUAUUUUUCGCUCGGUGUCACAGUUAUGGUUUUGGGGAUGAUUUUUUAUUACAUAUUCAGAGAUGAUUUACCAGAUUAUAUGGAAACGCGGAAACUAACCAACGACAUUCUUAAAUUACCAAUUUUUUUCGGCACAACCUUAUUUGCUUUUACAAGUGUAGCAGUUUGCGUCUCCGUUGAAAACCAGAUGAAAACCCCGAAACAUUUUAACCUAAUUUAUGACUUAGCUAUCAUCGUUUUGGUGAUUUUGUAUCUUUCCGUUGGGUUCUUUUCUUAUUGGAAAUGGGGUGAAGAUUUGAAAUCGGUCGUUAUACUUAAUUUUCCAAUGGAUGAAAUACCUGCUCAAACGGCAAAUUAUUUGUAUGCAUUGGCUAUUUUUUUAUCGUUGGGCUUAAACGGAAUAGUUCCUGUUAAAUUAAUAAUGGAAACUUAUAUUUUACCAAAAUUAGAAUCACAAUACCCAAUUCUUUGGGAAUAUUUGCUUCGUAUAUCCUUCAUCGCUUUUGGAUUAUUUUUAGCAGUUACCAUUCCAUAUAUAGGAACAGUAAUCUCGUUACUUGGGGCUAUCGCUUUAUCCUCUUUAACUCUGGUCUUUCCCGCCCUUUUAGAUAUUUGCUGGAGAUACCAACUAGGUUAUGGGCCAUGCAAAUUUCGAUUAUUACUCGAUAUCUUAUUAAUAACCUACGGAAUGUUUGGGCUAAUAACCGGGGUUUACGUUAAUCUGCAAUAUCUAUACGAAAAAAUGUUUUUAGAAUUCAUCAAAUCACACGAUAUCUAACCACAAAUCUUUUGUAACGCAAACGAAUAAUAAAUCACUUCCCACAUUAAUCCAUAAUCAAUAUAAAGGUUACAUUACAAGUAUUAAACUCGAAAAAGCACCUUAAAUCGCUCUGUUAUUUAAAAUUAUUAAUA